UCAAGAGUUUGUCCGGUGGCCGCAGCAGACGGAGGUGCCACGAGAACCCCGGCGGCGGCACGAUGGGCGACUCCAAAGUGAAAGUGGCAGUGCGGGUCCGGCCAAUGAACCGACGAGAAAUUGACUUACAUACCAAAUGUGUGGUGGAUGUUGAUGCAAACAAAGUUAUUCUGAAUCCUGUAAAUACAAAUCUUUCCAAAGGAGAUGCCCGGGGCCAGCCGAAGAUAUUUGCUUAUGAUCACUGUUUCUGGUCCAUGGAUGAAUCUGUCCGAGAGAAGUAUGCAGGUCAAGAUGAUGUUUUCAAGUGCCUUGGGGAGAACAUCCUUCAGAAUGCAUUUGAUGGCUACAAUGCGUGUAUCUUUGCUUAUGGGCAGACAGGGUCUGGAAAGUCGUACACCAUGAUGGGCACAGCUGACCAACCUGGAUUAAUCCCUAGACUCUGCAGUGGACUCUUCGAACGAACCCAGAAAGAGGAAAAUGAAGAACAGAGCUUUAAAGUUGAAGUGUCCUACAUGGAAAUUUACAAUGAAAAAGUCCGAGACCUUCUUGACCCCAAAGGAAGCCGUCAAACAUUGAAAGUGAGAGAGCACAGUGUGUUGGGACCCUAUGUGGACGGACUUUCUAAACUGGCUGUCACAAGCUACAAGGAUAUUGAGUCUCUGAUGUCUGAGGGCAAUAAGUCUCGGACAGUUGCUGCAACCAACAUGAAUGAGGAAAGCAGCCGCUCCCACGCAGUGUUCAAAAUCACCCUGACACAUACUCUGUAUGAUGUGAAGUCUGGGACAUCUGGAGAGAAAGUGGGCAAGCUGAGCUUAGUGGAUUUAGCUGGCAGCGAGCGAGCUACGAAAACCGGAGCUGCGGGCGACAGGUUGAAGGAGGGCAGCAACAUCAACAAGUCCCUCACAACCCUGGGUCUGGUUAUCUCUGCUCUAGCUGAUCAGGGUGCUGGCAAAAACAAAAACAAAUUUGUUCCCUAUCGGGACUCAGUUCUCACUUGGCUGCUCAAGGACAGUCUGGGGGGUAAUAGCAAGACCGCCAUGGUGGCCACUGUGAGCCCAGCUGCUGAUAACUACGAUGAAACCCUCUCGACCCUGAGGUAUGCUGAUCGAGCAAAGCACAUUGUCAACCAUGCUGUGGUGAAUGAGGAUCCUAAUGCUAGGAUUAUCCGAGAUCUCCGAGAAGAGGUGGAGAAGCUCCGUGAGCAGCUGACCAAGGCAGAGGCAAUGAAAUCCCCAGAACUGAAAGAUCGUCUGGAAGAAUCUGAGAAGCUCAUUCAGGAAAUGACUGUGACCUGGGAGGAGAAGCUAAGGAAAACCGAGGAGAUUGCACAGGAGCGGCAGAAGCAGCUUGAGAGCCUUGGGAUAUCUCUUCAGACUUCUGGAAUCAAAGUUGGGGAUGACAAGUGCUUCCUGGUGAACUUGAAUGCUGACCCGGCUCUGAAUGAACUCCUGGUGUACUACUUGAAGGAGCACACGCUGAUAGGGUCAGCCAAUUCCCAGGACAUCCAGCUUUGCGGGAUGGGCAUCCUUCCUGAGCACUGUAUCAUAGACAUCACACACGAAGGCCAGGUCAUGCUGACUCCUCAGAAGAACACCAGAACAUUUGUGAAUGGGUCUUCUGUCUCCAGCCCCAUCCAGCUGCAUCAUGGGGACAGGAUACUAUGGGGAAACAACCAUUUCUUCAGACUUAAUCUGCCAAAAAAGAAAAAGAAAGCAGAGCGAGAGGAUGAGGAGCAUGACUCCUCCCUGAAGAAUGACAGCAGUUCUGAGCAGCUGGAUGCCGACGGGGACUCCUCCAGUGAGGUGUCCAGCGAGAUCAACUUCAACUUUGAGUAUGCACAGAUGGAGGUGACCAUGAAGGCUCUGGGCAGCAAUGACCCUAUGCAGUCCAUAUUGAACAGCCUUGAACAGCAGCAUGAGGAGGAAAAGCGAUCUGCUCUGGAGCGCCAGAGGCUCAUGUAUGAACACGAGCUGGAACAGCUCCGGAGAAGGCUGUCUCCUGAGAGGCAGAACUGCCGGGGUGUGGACCGGCUGUCCUUUCAGUCGCCCAGUGCCCAGCAGCGCUUGAGACAGUGGGCUGAGGAAAGAGAAGCAACAUUGAAUAACAGCUUGAUGAGGCUGAGGGAGCAGAUUGUAAAGGCCAACUUGCUGGUACGAGAAGCUAGUUACAUCGCAGAGGAGCUGGAUAAAAAAACUGAGUAUAAAGUUACCCUCCAGAUUCCAGCCUCCAGCCUGGAUGCCAAUAGGAAGCGAGGCUCUCUCCUCAGUGAACCUGCCAUCCAGGUGAGAAGAAAAGGAAAAGGAAAGCAGAUUUGGUCUUUGGAAAAGCUGGAAAACAGGCUUUUGGAUAUGAGAGACCUCUACCAGGAGUGGAAGGAAUGUGAAGAAGACAACCCGGUCACCCGUUCCUACUUCAAACGUGCUGACCCAUUCUAUGAUGAGCAGGAAAAUCACAGUCUCAUCGGUGUGGCCAAUGUCUUCCUGGAGACCCUGUUCUAUGAUGUGAAGUUACAGUAUGCUGUCCCAAUCAUCAACCAGAAGGGAGAGGUGGCAGGCCGGCUGCAUGUGGAGGUGAUGCGACUCAGCGGGGCCAUUGGAGAGAGGAUAGCAGGAGGAGAUGAUGCUACAGAGGUCAGCUCGGAAAAGGAUGCCCAGGAGAACAGGCUGGUCUGUAUGGUUAAAAUACUCCAAGCCACAGGAUUGCCGCAACAUCUGUGCCACUUUGUCUUCUGCAAAUACGACUUCUGGGAUCAGCAGGAGCCAGUGACUGUUGCUCCUGAAGUGGAUACGUCUUCAUCUCCCUCCAGCAAGGAGCCGCAGUGUAUGGUUGUGUUCGAUCAUUGCAGCGAGUUUAAUGUUAACAUCACAGAAGACUUCAUUGAGUACCUCUCAGAAGGGGCCCUGGCCAUUGAAGUAUAUGGACAUAAAAUGAAUGAUCCUCGGAAAAAUCCAGCCCUGUGGGAUUUGGGAAUCAUCCAAGCAAAAACAAGGAGCCUUCGGGACAGGUGGAGUGAAGUCACCAGAAAGUUGGAAUUCUGGGUUCAGAUCUUGGAACAGAAUGAGAAUGGCGAAUACUGCCCAGUUGAGGUGAUUGCUGCAAAAGACGUCUCAACAGGAGGGAUCUUCCAGCUCCGGCAGGGGCAGUCCCGGCGAGUUCAAGUUGAAGUGAAGUCUGUGCAGGAGUCGGGGACUUUACCACUGAUGGAAGAGUGCAUAUUGUCAGUUGGCAUUGGCUGUGUGAAAGUUAGACCACUCAGGUCCUCUAAGAUCCAAGAGACCUUCCAUGAGGAAGAGGAGGACAUGGACAGCUACCAGGAUAGAGAUUUAGAAAGGCUUCGUAGAAAAUGGCUCAAUGCAUUAACCAAACGUCAAGAAUACUUGGACCAACAACUGCAGAAGCUCGUCAGUAAACAUGAUAAAACUGAGGAUGAUGCUGACCGAGAGGCACAGCUCCUAGAGAUGCGGCUGACACUCACAGAGGAAAGAAAUGCAGUGAUGGUGCCCUCUGCUGGCAGUGGCAUUCCGGGGGCACCGGCAGAAUGGACCCCAGUGCCUGGGAUGGAGACCCACAUUCCUGUUAUAUUCCUUGACUUAAAUGCGGAUGAUUUCAGCUCUCAGGAUAAUCUCGAUGACCCAGAAGCUGGAUGGGAUGCUACCCUGACUGGGGAAGAGGAGGAAGAGUUCUUUGAGCUGCAGAUUGUGAAACAACAAGAUGGAGAGGCAAAGGCAGAGGCCUCCUGGGACUCUGCAGUGCACAGCUGUCCCCAGCUCAGUAAAGGUACUCCUGCUGAUGAGCGAGUAUUCCUUAUCCUGCGAGUGACUGUCCAGCUCAGCCAUCCUGCUGACAUGCAGCUGGUCCUGCGCAAAAGGAUUUGUGUCCAUGUUCAUGGGCGCCAGGGCUUUGCUCAAAGUCUUCUUAAAAAGAUGUCUCACCGGAGCUCUAUUCCUGGCUGUGGAGUGACCUUUGAAAUUGUCUCCAAUAUUCCAGAGGAUGCCCAGGGAGCGGAGGAGCGAGAGGCUCUGGCAAGGAUGGCAGCUAACGUGGAAAACCCGGCGUCUGCUGACUCUGAGGCAUAUAUUGAGAAGUACUUGAGGAGUGUGCUCGCUGUGGAAAACCUCCUGACUUUAGAUCGCCUCCGUCAGGAAGUGGCCGUGAAGGAGCAGCUGACAGGAAAAGGGAAGCUGAACCGGAGGAGUAUCAGCUCUCCCAGCAUGAACAGAUUGUCUGGAAGCCGACAGGAACUUAGCCCUUCUCACAGUCUAGGCAGCAACAAGGGUCGGUGGGAAAGUCAACAGGAUGUAUCCCAAACACUAGUUUCCAGAGGAAUAGCUCCAGGUCCUCCAGCAAUCUCUGUUUCUCCCCAAAGUAACCAGUCUCCUGAUCCUGGACUUGGAGGCAUAGCAGCCUCUUACUUGAACCCAGUGAAGUCGCUGGUGCCACAGAUGCCAAAGCUACUGAAGUCGCUCUUCCCUGUCCGUGAUGACAGAAGGGGCAGACAGUCAUCUCCCCAUGCACACCAGGCCGUGCCCCGAAUCUUGGUGCAGCCUACCUUCUCAGAUGCCCGGGCAACAAGGAUGGAGGGGGCUCAGCGAGGCAGCCCUGGGCCUGCUGGGGCUCUGGACUCCAUGGUGCAGAGGACGGCCCCUGCAGUAAAGAUCUGUGACAAACCUGUCAAAGUGUCUUCCCCUCCGUCUACCAUGGUGGUAACUCAGCCCCCAGAAGGGCAGGAUGGACCUCCAAGCCCCUUGAGCGAAGCUUCCAGUGGCUACUUCUCUCACAGCGUCUCCACUGCUACCCUGUCAGAAACGCUCACCCUAGGCCUGGACACCACGGGCCUUGGCAGCCAGACACCUGGGUCCCCCCCUGCCUUGUGUCAGGUCACCCCAGAGCCCGAACUGGCUUUUCUUUCCUGCACACAGAGCCAUCCACCUGCCUCAGAAGAGCCCCAGGUACCACCUGCCACACCUACUCAAAGCACAGAGCUAGAGGUUCCCAGACCACCCCUUCUUUCUGAAUCCACAUCCACUGUGCCCACAUCCCCGUUCCGAAUCCGGAAAGUGCGGACCUCAGAGCUUAAGUCCUUCACAGGCAUGCUGGGGGGAGCCUCCUCCGGAGCUGGGGAGGACCCACUGGCUUCAGAAGAGCUCACCAGUGCUAGGGGACAGGCGCUGGGAAGGCUGGAAGUGACAUCUGACUCUGAGGAGGCCAGUGAAGUCCCUGAGUGGCUUAGAGAGGGAGAGUAUGUUGUUGUGGGAACCAACAAGACGGGUGUUGUGAGGUACAUUGGACCAACGGACUUCCAGGAGGGAACGUGGAUUGGCGUGGAGCUGGACCUGCCUUCAGGAAAGAAUGAUGGCUCCAUUGGUGGGAAGCAGUAUUUCAAGUGCAACCCCGGCUAUGGGCUGCUGGUGAGGCCCAGCCGGGUCCGGAGGGCUGCAGGCCCCGGGCGCAGGCGUAGUGCAGGGCUCCAGCCUCAGGCAGCCCCAGAGGCCCGCAGGAGUGCUACUAUCUCGGGCUCUGCUACCAACCUGGCUUCACUGACCGCUGCACUGGCCAAAGGUGACAGGAGCCACAAGAACCCUGAAAACCGGAAGUCCUGGGCCAGCUGAACUGGCACCUCUCUGGUGGGAAGGGGGAGUCCUGGUUCCUCCCUGGAGGACAACCAGGUCCAUGGGAACAGGGCCAUGAAUGCUUUUUUUGCACGACACAGGGAUGGUGGACAGCCUGGUUCCCUGUCCUCUCUGGGAAUCUGGAAGCUGCAUUUCUUCCUCUACUUGGCAACAGCAGAGGCUUCUCGGCUGUGCUUCUCUGGUUGGGGGUGGAAGGUUCCAGGAGCACAGAGACUCACAGGAUGGUAGUUGGGUGGCAGCGCUGGGGGCCAGGCCAGCUCUUCCGUGCCUGCUUGAGAUGGGGCGGCAAUUCCCAGCGAGGGGUGUUGGGCUCCCCUUUUCUAGUCUACUGUCUUUACUGAUGUCUUCAUUUAAAGAAUGAUCCUAACUAGUGUCUGCCCCUCACAUACAGGGGUUCCUUCUCCGGCCUAGGGUCAGCCUCCACAUCAUCCCCUACAUGUAACCGUUGCUUUGCCAGUCCUCCCCUAACCCAUGCCCCUCCUUCUGAGUGGCACACAGUGUUUCUGGGAGGCAUCUUUAUGGGUGUUCCAGAUUCUUUACAUCCAGAAAGGCUUUUUGUCAGCUAUUCAUUUCCUAGCAGGAUGCUUGAACUCUAUUUAUUUAAUUUAUUUUUUCAAAAGCUGAAAUAAUUCACGAGCCACAAUCACUGCCUGUCCCAGCAUGCAUGCCUGGGGCCUACCUUGCGCUCACUGGCCUCUGGCUGGUAGGAGCUAUAGCCUCUUUCUUAGAUUGUGGUUGUUGGAGGUGGUGCCCAGCAAAUAAUACACAUGGCCUUACUCUCCGGGGGGUGGGGUGGGACAGGGAGGCAUGACCUCAGCUUGACAUAGCUCAAGCCAUCAGUACCUUCUCUGGAUCUGCCACAAUACAGGGAACUGGAGAAUGCUUUGACUCUGACAGUUCCUAAAUCCUGACAACACAUGGGGGCCAGCAGCUGGGCAGGUAGGUAGAGAGGGGAGAAUGAAGCUAUGGUGUUUCCCAGGGCAUUUCCAACCACCUUUUUACUGAGAUGUAUGUGGCCACUGAGUCCCAGAGUGCAUGGAGGCCUGAGCAGGCAGGUUGGAGUCACCUAGUCCGGGCUCUCCCAGGUCCUUCCCUGGCUUCCACCUCUGGAAGGAAGUCCUAUGUCAGAAUUUUAACUGGGUAUCCUUGGCAGCUUGUUGUAAGCUUGACCCUCAAUUUUUCUCCCUGUGAUAGGCUUUCUCUGUGUAGCUCUGGCUGUCAUGGACUCGUUUUGUAGACCAGGCUGGCCUCGAACUCACAGAUAUCUGCCUGCCUCUGCCUCCCAGAGUACUGGGAUUAUAGGGUGUGCCACCACGCCUAGCUCAGACUCUCCAACUAUUAAGAACCACAGCUAGCCAGCUUUUGUAGAGGAACUGGUUCUGUGAGGACUUGAACCUCUUAAGGGAAGCAGCAGCAGGCCCCUAGGCUCCCAGCAGCUGGCUCCUCAGAACACCCCGCUUCCCUGCUCCUGUGGCCUCUGUGUUCAUAUUACUGGCAUUCAGUCUGGACCGUCCAUGUUGUCUGACUAGCUCAAUAUAAACUUUACUACUGUCUGCUUGCCCAGACUGUGACCAGAGGCUGCCCUAGGGCAAUAGGAGGACGGGUGGUCUCCCUGGCACAGAUGCAGACUGCCUGCACAGAAACCCAGCCUGGAGAUGGAGUGUCAUUGUGCUCUUGUCACCAGGGUCUGCCAGGAGAGACCUGCUUCCAUCCCACUCUGGAACAGCUAGAGGCAGGCACCACUUCAACAAUCCUUUUCCUCAGCUGGCAUUUUGGGGAUGCCCACUAGGUGUGUGGUGCUCAGUUAGCACUGCCAAGUCUGCCCGGCCUGCUCUUGUGGCCAGCACACAAGCUCUAUGGAGUGUGCUUCAGGUAGAGGCCUUUUCCUGUCGGCAUCCACGGUGUUCCCCCAGAGAGCAGUCAGUCAUUCCCUGAAGGGGCCAGAGCUCCAGAGUUCCUCCUGUGGCACGGUCAUGCAAUGGGUCCAAGGGAGAGAAGGCCCUGGCUUGAGGCCAGUCUUGGUAGGUGGUGGGAAGGAAUUUGUGCAGCCGUCACUUGGGGUGGUCUAAAACAGGUGUAAAGGGACUGUUGACUUCAUUUGUUAGCUGGAGCCCUGCCAGUCCUGCAUGGUCUCACGUGGUCAGCUCCUGGGCAGUGGUUUUGGGACCAGCCUCUCUCCUCCGGCCCCACUUUCCUCUCAACUCCUCGGACCUGAGUUUCCCAGCUUUCCCUCGUCGAGGCUGCCUUAGAACUCCCCCUGCCUGUGAAAACUACUCUUUCUACAGAGCCUCGCAGGAAGCCCUUCAGGUAGAGCACCCCAGCUUCACAGGCGACUGAUGACAGCACCCUCAGGAUGCCUCUGCCCGUGCCCUCCACUGGUUGGUGCUGGGGCUGUUUGCACAGAAAGCUCUGUUGCUUUCAUGGACCUUGGUCCUCAGUAUGGACGGGAUUUUCUAGGAGUGAGAUUUAGGGCCUCUUGCUGCUGAGUUUGUUUGUCCUCCUGGUGUUUCUUACGAGCUCGUCCUGUGGCUGAGAAGACCCUGUGUGUGUUUCCUAUGAGGGCAGGGAGGUGACCCCGGGAAAGCUGGCGUCGGGCUGGUCUGGAGAUGGGGCUUCAGUCCGUGAGGGCCUGCAGGGCCUGCUGCCAUCGUGUGGGCUGUGUGGGCUGUGUGGGCUGGGUGGAGACCGUGAGGCUUGCUCCUCCUGGGCUGCCAUGCUAGACAAGGCCUUUUGGAGCAGGCUGACACUGACUUGCAGCUGGAAAGCUGGUGAUGUGUAGGGGUUGUGGUCGCUAAAAUGUCAGAUAGUGUAAGGUGGCGGGUGUGUAAGUUGGGUUCCAGGUUCCCAGUCUUAAGGGGCAGAGGGGGAGUGUUUCUGGGCUGUGGUUAGUGACUUGGUCCCUGAGGAGUUGCAGAGGGACAGACAGUGCUUCCAUGUCUCCAGUCUUUCCCAGCACUUCUCACACCUUAGAGGUUCCGUGUGGGAAGCGGGUGGGUGGCUCACGUAGCGGCAACCUGCCUGCCCAAGCUGCCUGUGCUGCCUGUUGCCCAGGGAGGGUGACCUGGAGCUUCUUGUGCCUCAAGGCUCAUGCCACCCCAGGUCCCAGACCUUUGGGCCCUCUCUAGUGCCUUCCCUGGGGCCAGUAUCGAGCUAUGCUUCUGGCCCCAGACACUACCCAAAGCAUCUUUCUCUUAACUCUACAGUGCCUUCCUGUUGGGUUUCGGACACUCAGUGUGGGGAGAGCUGGGAAUGGCACGGGGGUGUGGAUUGUGUAAAUAUGAGCUCACAUGAGUGAUGUUGAUUACAGGAUUACAGUGAUUUGGUGCAUAUUAAGUGGGAAUUAAAUAUCCAAAGACUUGUAAUGAGUAGUAAAGGUGAUUUAUGUUGUAUGAUGAACCCAAAUACUGUAAUUUUGUACCAUAAAUGCCUUUCCGUCAAGUGACCAACAGCUUCUAAAUAAAUCUAGAUGAUUACCCGAUUA